CCCGAACCAGCAUCCACCAAGGCAGCAGACCGCAGCAGCUUCGUCGGACAAUCAGAUCGCAUCUGCACGUCACAGGCAACUUCACCAACUUUAUCGGCGCGGACAGUUCUGCGUGCUGUCGCAUCGACGCCGCAACCACGGUCUUUCAUCCUUUGUCAUCCCUUGCUAGCAGAUGUGCCAGAUGUUCGCCGGCAUUUAGCUGACCUCCGCCACCUCUCUCUGUCGCCUCGCCGGAGCCUCCGUCGUCUCCGAGAAAUAUUCCCCAAAGGUGGCCAAGGAGGGACAGAUCCAGAACCCUGCAGCCAGUUUGUCAACGGACGUACGGACGGAUACACUAGCGCACCGCACCCUCUUGCAGACGGACUCUCCACCAUGUCCGCCAACUCGCUCAACUUCGUCACCUUCAACCAGGACCACAGCUGUCUUGCUGUCGGGACCGCGAAGGGCUUCCGCAUCUACCAUACCGACCCCUUCUCCAAGGUCUUCAAGAGCGACGAGGGGAGGGUGUCGCUCGUCGAGAUGCUCUUCUCCACGUCCUUGGUAGCUCUGGUGCUCUCGCCGCGCCACUUGGUAAUACAGAACACCAAGCGUGGCUCCAUCAUCUGCGAGCUCACUUUUCCCACUGCCGUGCUCGCCGUGCGCCUGAACAGGAAACGCCUGGCCGUGGUGCUGGAGGAAGAAAUCUACCUCUACGACAUCUCCAACAUGGCGUUGCUCACAACCAUUGCCACCUCGCCCAACCCAAACGGUAUCUUCUCGCUCUCGCCCUCGUCGGAAAACUGCUACAUGGCAUACCCCUUGCCAAAACCACGCGAGGACCAGGGCGAGAGACGGCCCGCCCAUGCGCCCCCGCUCUCAACCCUGGUGCCCCCCACGUCGGGCGAGGUUAUUGUGUACGACACCAUCGCGCUGAAGGCCGUCAACGUCAUCGAGGCCCACCGCUCGCCUCUGUCCUGCGUGGCGCUGAACAGCGAGGGCACCCGGCUCGCAACUGCAUCCGAGACCGGCACCAUCAUCCGAGUCUUCUCCGUCCCGGAUGGCCAGAAACUGUAUCAGUUCCGCCGCGGGACGAUCCCCUCCAGCAUAUACAGCAUGUCCUUCAACCUGGCCUCCACCCUGCUGUGUGUCUCGUCUGCCUCGGAGACGGUGCACAUCUUCCGCCUCGCCAACCCGCACAGCAACUUCGCGGGCCCUGCUUCUCCCCUCUCCCCGGAGCCCGAGGCGCAGGGUUCGCCCCGCACAAACCGCUGGUCUCGGUCCCGCAGCAUCGACAGCACCGACUACUCGCCCGGCAGCAGCAAUGCCGGCUCGUCCCCGCGCGGCGGCGAAGGGCCAGACUACGCCGUCCCGCAAGCAGGCCCCAGCAGCAACAACGGCGGCAGCGACUCCCCGUCGGCGCGGCCGCAGAGCGGGAUCCUCGGCUCCAUGCUCCGGCGCUCGUCGCAGAUCGUCGGCCGCAGCGUGGCCGGCGCCGUCGGGCCCUACCUCCCGCAGUCGGUCACGUCCAUGCUGGAGCCGCAGCGCGACUUCGCGAGCAUCAAGAUCCCCAAGCCCAGCGAGCCGCCCGCCCGGGGCGCCAUCGUGCGCGGCUCGGCCCCCCUGCGCAGCGUCGUGGCCAUGUGCAGCAACUCGCCCCAGGUCAUCGUCGUCACCAGCGACGGCGGAUUCUAUGUCUUCAACAUUGACCUGCAGAAGGGCGGGGAGGGAUACCUGGUCAAGAGGUUUUCGAUCCUAGACAGUGAUGACAAGCUCGAUGCCUCAGCCUACGGGCCGUAGGGUGCGGCUACGGCUGCGGCUGCGGUCGGUUCUAUGGACUCGACCGAUGACUCUUGGCCAGAGAUUAUUUCUUUUUUUC